AAAACUAAACUAGAAACUUCAUUAAAAUGCAAUGGGGUGAGGGAAAACCAGCUGAUGAUUUCGCGGAAAAAAUUAUUACGAAAUGAUUACCGCAUUUGCUACAAUUUUGUAUCAAUAACACUUGUGCAAAACGUUUAUCUACAUAGAUACAUCUGUAACAUGUACAUAUGAACUUACAUUGCAUUUAUUUUUCUCUAUCAUCGACAGAAACUGUAAACAUAGUGAUUAGAAUGAUUAUGGCAAUGAAUUUUUUUGAGGAAAACACAUUUACAUACAAAUAGUUAUUUUCGACAAAGCUUCAGUUCUAAUUCGACAUUUAUGAGGCAAUGGACUCUAUGAACUGUUUAUGUGUUUUAAAAAAUGCUAGGCGGACGAUUUAUUAGAUACUGCAUCUAUAAACCUUUCUCAAUUGGCUUAUGUUAUAUACAUACAAACAUAUUGUAUGUUUGAUAGAUACUUAAUAAAAGGUUAUUGGAAAAUUACACUCUUAGCAGUGCUUCAAUCUAGAAUUGGUAUAUAUGCAUAUCAGCUAAAUAAAUAACUAAAUAUACACUCUAGUAAUUUCACAAAUCUAGAAGAAGUGACAUACUAGAUGCUGUGAGCACUAGAGUUAAAUUCAAUAUUACACAGAUUCGUAAAGUUCUUGAAGACACGUGAAUGUGAAUCAUUUCGUCUUCUAUUGCAUACGUGACAAUGAAAAAGAGAAAAAAGUAGCAAAACGAUAAUAGGGCAGACAGCUCUAGCAAAAAUUGCACAGUACCAAAUGUCAAGUUUGCAAACAAUUUCACACAAUUAUAAUAUAGAUAGUAAAAACAAUUUUGAUGAAUUUAUGUAUAUAAGCACUUCUCUACACGAGCUUUGCGCUAUAUUGAUUACAUCAUCAUGUAUUGUAAUUUCGCACAGACGAAGGUGAUAAGAUUCACUUUCACAAAAAAAAUGUAAAUGAUUACUAAAGAUAUUAAGUGUAUUUAAAAACUGUCUAGUCCUAAGUUGCACAAUUUUGCUUAUCUACAAGCGGCUCUAAAUAGCCGCCACUACAUCUAAAAUAAAGGCGAAAGCAAAUAUUUAUGUAUCCAGAUUCGAUGGCUGCUGGUGGUGGAAGCCCCUUUUGGAAUCCGGAUAUAGAUGUUGUCAUUAGUGACAGUGAAGAUGACGAUGAUGAAACUAAACCAAAUUACAAAGGGCUUGAGGCGCUGAUAUUUGUGUUGGACGCUAAUCUAUAUGAGAGUUUUGAAAGGUUUUCGGAAGCUUUAGACAUAGUUCGCAAGGCACUUAUAUCCGGCUUGUUGGUGGAUAAUAAAGAUCUAAUUGGCAUAGUAUUUGCAAAUACAGCAAAAAAUCCUAAUCCCUUUGAAGCUUAUAGCUUGGAGAAUGUUGUUGUGCCGCCAAAUUGCGCCGUUUUCUUACCGUUGGGGGAGCUUUCAAAGUCGAUAGUGGAACAUUAUUUGCGUUUCAUGGAAACUGCAGAAGAAGAUUUUGGAAAAAAAUAUGGUGUAAUGGGAAAUGGUGGAAAUGCUGAUUUUUCCGUUAUGCUACGUUUGUGUAUUAAUCUGUUUGAAAACGCGGGUUACAAUUUGGUUUCUUCUACUUUGGUCUAUUUGACUGAUAGAGCGACACCACAUCCAACUAAUUCGAAUUUAUAUCAGAGAGCUUUGCAAAAAGCCAAGGAUCUGGAGGGGAAGGAAAUCGAAUUUCAAGUAGUACCCAUGGUAGAUGAUUUUGAUUAUGAUCCUUUCUAUAAAGAGUUUCUAACGCUAGUAGAAGAUGGGAAUAUUGCUGAAUUCGAGCCCAGAAACCCUGAGGAAUUACGUUCGUUAUUAUCAGAUCGUAAAUUGCGUCAAAAUGUUUUAAGGCGUUCUUUGGGUCAUUUUAAAUUAUCACUGGGUCCGGAUUUGUCGAUAUCUGCGCGAUAUUAUAACUAUUUCAAACUUCGUUUCAUGCCUCGUAAGGUACGGAUGCUACGCAAAGACAAUUCUAUAGUUCAACAAAAGCAUGUUACAACAGUACGAAAAGAAUCUCAAGAAGAUAAGCAAAUUGUUGAAGAAUUUCAAGUGAAGCAAACUGGUGGCUGGUAUGAAAUCAAUAUUGGCGAUAUGCCAAUUCGCAUCACACCACAGCAAAUAAAUCGAGUUCGAAAUUUACAUGCACCGGGUAUGAUGUUACUAGGCUUCAAACAGAUUUCUGAAUUGCCAGAAAACUGGUAUUAUAAACCUCAAAACUUUAUGUAUCCUGAUGAAAAGAUUAUAAGCGGAUCAAAGCGUUUAUUUCGGGCUCUAUGGGAAAGAUGUUUGGAACGAAAUAAAAUGGCUAUUUGUUUAUUUAUGCGUAAACGAAAAUCCAUUCCACGCUACGUAGCCUUGAUCCCAGUGGAAGGCGCCGUUAUCGAGGGUGAUAUAUACAAACCAUUAUUAUCUGGUGAUGGUUUUAAAAUCGUAUAUUUGCCAUUUGCCAAACACAUACGAAAUAUCGAUUUUUCCAAUUGGAAUAACAUACAAAAUGAGGCAUCUGAAGAGGGUGUGAAGGUUUUUGAAAAGGUAGUUGGUAAAUUGCGUACUACAUUCCAAUCUAAUAUUCUUGUCGAUCCUACUGUGGAAGCAUUGCAAUCGAACCUACUGGCUUUAGCACUAAAUAUAAAAACUGAUAGCGCUGGCCUCAGCGGCAUGCCGGAUGCCAAACGACAAGAUGAGCGUAUUGCUAAAAUAUUACCAAGUUUAAAUAAAAUAUUUGGUGAAGAUGAGGUAAUGACAUCGAAGAAACGUCCAGCCAAUACGGGAGAUGCGCGAAACGCAGCUAAAGUUCCUAAAGUGGAUGCAUCCAACUUGCUACAAUGGGACUACAUACAGCAGUUGGCUAAAAACGAUUCGCUGGGUAGUUGCACCAUUGCUCAAUUACGCGAUAUUUUGAGUAUACAUUUCGAUACAACUGUUCCAGCACAAAUGAAGAAAAAUGAUUUGGUUGCUCGAGUCAAGGAGUUGUUAGAGAAAUAAAGAUUGUUAGCUUUGUUAAUAUUUACGAUUAAAACUUUAAGUUACUUAA